GCUGUAUCGCAAUGAUAUUAUCAAAGAAAAGAUCUUCAUAUAAAGAUAUGACUAUGUACAAAUGUAUAUGUAUAUAAAAAAUGGAAGUAUUAAAGAAAAAAGUACGUUGCCUAAAAUUCUCAGUAAUAAACCCGUACAUGUACAUUUUUCAAUAAGAAAAACACGAUAAAAAUAGUUCCAUAUAUAAAUAAAAAAAAUAUUUGUUGUACGAGUGUAGGUUUUGGUUAUCAUUUUUUUAAAUAAAUUUAACGUAUAUCUCAUUGGAAAGCUAUGAAAAAAGCAUAAACUUUAAGCCGGCUAGAUAUUUUAAUAAUGGAAUACUUUUCUUCGUAUACGCAAAUGUUUGAAGGUACUAUGUUAAAUUGAAAUUUCAUAACUCCAAAAAUUUUCAAAUUAUAUCGAAAUAAAAAAAAUACGUGUCCAAUAUUUUGCCUCAGAGAACACAAACGAAAAACAAAAAUGUUUUGCACGUAAUUAGAAAUAGUUUUAAAUUAGUGACAGCUCCAAUUGCAAGCCUGUUGGUAUGAAGCGUGCUGUUGUCUAAUGAACUGUGACCAUAAGGACGUGUGUACUCCAAUAUCUGACAGAUGCUGCUUGUCGUCUUCAAUGUGUUUAAUGCAUAAGUGUAUGUGGAAACAUGGUAUUAGGCGAUUCAACCGAUAAUUUGGUUGCAGGGGAUGUAAAGUAUAACUAUCGUCUAUACAUAGUUUCGACAUUUGAAACGUGUUAAUUUGUAUAACAUUUGAUGAAUCUGAUAUAAGCUUUUGUUGCUGUAGAUAUUGUUAAUUGUGUAUUACGACUACAUGAUAAUGGCGUCUGUUUUGUUAAGCAAACUGGAUGUUGGAUAUCUUGAGAAGUGCAGUGGCGAUAGUGGUCUUAAUUAUGGCAUUAUCAUAAGCCAGAUUGUUAAAUCGGAAAGCUUCUUAGUAGUUCAUCUUGCAAAAAACUGUGAAGAAGACAUGGAAAUCUUGCUAAAAGCCAACGAGAAUGAAUUAUUACAGGGACCUACCUGCAUAGUCGAUAUCAGUACGCAAGCUUUAGCUACGCAGUGGACUGCCGCCAGCAAAAUGUGUCCUGGAUCUUUUAAUGUACAAGGCGUUUUUGUUACCAGUGAGAAGCAGAACUUUGAUGAUGAAAAUACAAAUAUUGCUGCAAAGAAAAUGUUUCACGAGUUGUACAAUAUACUUUUUCAAGGCAAUGUUUUCUGUGCCUCAGUUGAUGAAGGAAAUCUAACUUUGAUAUUUCUAGCAUAUUCAGCAGCGAGCAAGAAAGCAAUUUGUCAAGCUUAUAGGCAUGAUAUGACGGGCGGCUCUUUUACUUCCAUGAAUUGUCAGUACAUUGAUAAAUUUAUAGACUGGCAUACUUUUGAAUGUUGCUAUGAAUUGGAUGAAAUAUUUCCAAUAUUUGAUGAUUCCCAGAGGAUUAAUAUAGAGAAUCAAUUUCAACGUGCUUUGUUAGCAAUGAAACGAAGUUUAUUCGAAAGUGAAAUGUUUAUAGAGAAUAUUUGGGUGAAUGAAUCUUUACCUCUGGAUGCAUUCGCAGCAAGCAAUCGAAAGAAAGUCGCGAAUGAAAACUACAAAGCAACUAUAUUUUUACCAGUAAAAUGUCAUCAAUAUAAUGAGUAUUCGGUUAAAGUACGGAAAUUCAAUGGUACAAUUCGGCUUUCUGGCAUUAUUUUUUCUAGAGUUUGGUGCAGCAGUAAGAACACCUUGGGUGAUGUUAAGCGAUUUGUGCAGAAUGAUAUAUUACGUUCAUUAGCGGCCAGAAUUCAAGUUUACUGUGAUGGAUUAACCGAUCCUCAUGUUAGCAACGACUCUGUAUUUAUAAGUGAACCUCCGCGUCGUGUUUUCUUUAACUUAUUCGUUGAUGGAACAAUCAAUCCAAUACAAUUCUCAGAAUAUAUAUUUCGCGGAGAAGCUCCAACAGUAGCUGUGGCCCAAGCUAAACAAGUUCUUGAUUUAGAUAUUAGUUUAGAAAAUAUUGUUGCAGACUUAGAAGGUUUACCCGAUGAUGAAAUAUAUAGUGAUAUAUCGUUUUCUAAUUUACAUAAAAAUUCUACGCAACCCCUGGUUAAUGCAGAAAAAUACUUAACACGUUCCAUGUACAUUUUAAGUAUAACCAUCUCUCUUUUAGUGCUCUUAUGUUCUAUUUGGCUGCAUUAUUUCUUUCCUUAAUUAUACGUGAACCUAAGGAUAAAUUUAAAAAUAACUAAGCUAAAAUUUAAAAAACUUUUUUUGUUUGUUAAAUAUUCAGUUUUAUUUAUAUUAAAUCAUGUACAUUAUAUCAUGUCUUGUAAACAAAAGGAAUUUUGUACCAUAUAUUUAAUCAAUUAUAAAAUGGGUUAAUAAAAAAAUAAAAAUUUUUUCGUA